GGUCAAGGAGUGACGGCGACUCCUCCCAAUUGCUCCCAACGACCCAGCGCCAAGACCUCUUCCCCUCAAGGUCAGCCGUUAACCCCUCCAUCCCGCACAAGUCACUGGCCCAAUCACUCCAGCAGCGGCGCACCCCCGGCAAAUCUCGCAAACUGUGACGUAACCACCGCAACAGUCAGCAGCCCACCUCCAUCUCGAACAGCAUGUCCGACUUCUCCUCCCUCCGCCCACCCAGUGGUGCCUCGCAGCCCCACUCCAUGGGCACAGCUCCCAUUGGUCGGUCUUCCAGUCCCAUUGGUUCAGGCAACGCCUCUCGCUAUUCCCUAGGUGGCAUGUCAAAUAAAGGCACCCCAUCUGAACAGAUGCUCCGCAAGGCACAGCAGCAACAGCAGCAGGAAAGCCAGUCGGCAGGCGUCUCCAACCACCGAAGUCCCAGCAUGGGUACAAUGAACGGAGGCGGCAGCGGUAACAGUGGUCUGUCUUCAGCAGCUGCCAUCUCCCGCUUCGGACCCCGGCCUAGCUCAGAGAUGAUCGGCAUGCCUGGUAUGAGACAGAGCACAAACGAGACCGAUGCCAUUGACAAGUGGUUCGAAGAUCUACAGCACUACGAAGCUACCCUCGAGGAGAUGGCAACUGCCUCUCUCGACCAGAAUUUCAAGGAGGAAUUGAGCGCAAUCGAGCAGUGGUUCAGGGUACUGUCCGAGGCAGAGCGUACAGCUGCUCUGUACAGCCUGCUGCAGGAGUCCACCCAGGUCCAGAUACGCUUCUUCAUUACUGUGCUCCAGCAGAUGGCUCGCAGCGAUCCAAUGAGCGCCUUGUUGAGUCCCAGCAUGAACAACUCCAUGGCUGAGCAGAUGGAAGCUAAGCUGGCUUCGCUCGGGCUGAAGUCGCCUGGUGGUCUGAAGUCUCCUGCUUCACCGGGUGCUCGAGGAUUUGCCCGUCAGUCAGAAGCUUUCCUUUCACCACAGACUGCUCAGAUGUACAGUCCAGGUGGCGAGGCUGCUGCUACUCUGGCCGCACAGCGAGCCAAGCUGAAGGCCAACCGGGUCAGCGCGCCUGGCACCUUUACCGGCGAUCAGAGAAACUUCACCGGAGGCAAUCUGGACCAGGUUAGGGAGCAACGUGGUGGUAGUCCCAAUCCACUUGAUGACAGUGGCCGCAAUCUCCCGGGCUCUGAGUCGAGCAUGGGGCGCCCCAAAUCCAUCGAUGGACUGUCCCAGGCAAACAAUGCCGUCAGCACGCCUCGUCGAGCUGGGCCGCUGGACAAUGAGCUGAGUCCGAUCCCGAACUCGGGCAACUGGUCCAGUAUGGUCAAUACUCCCCUCAACAAUCUCUUCGACGACAAUCAGACCGCCAAUAUCAACCUUGACGCUACCUCCAGCCAGCUGGCCUCGCUUGCUGAGCAGGCCAAUGCCACCAAUCGCAUCCUGCUUGAGCAAGAUGUGGCAAAGUAUCAGCGCAGAAAGAGCGGUCAACCCGGUUACGAUCAGCAGCAAGGCUCGCCCAACUUGGGCUCCGGAGGCUGGGGUGGUUCUGGAACCUCGAAUGACUUCCUGCGUCAAGCUAUGGCUGCCUCGCCGGGCGCAUCUGGAUAUGCCAACUUCUCAAACAUGUCACCCAACUCUUUUGCGGGAUUGCAGAGUCCUUCGGGUGGUUUCGGCAAUGGCGCCAAUAUGCAGAUGAUGAAUGCCAUGGCCACGAUGGGCGGCCUCAAUCAUGCCAAUGCAGCACAAUUCUUGGCCAUGCAGCAGCAGAUUAUGCACAACCAGCAGCAGAUUGCGGCCAUGGCUCAGGCUGCCCAUCAGGGAGGUGGAUCUCACUCCAGCCGUUCUCGAGGCGCCGGGCUUGGUGGUCUGGCAAGCGGAGCGAACAUCGGCAUUGGAGGUAGGCGAAGCCCCGCCGCUGGCGGUGGGAUCAACAAUCGGGCUGUGGCAGGUGGUACAUCCUCGACGACUUCGAAAUCUGCAGCCUCGCAGAGCGGAGGAGGAGGAGGCGAGGAAGAAGUGCCUGACAUGUCCCUCCUUUCGGACAUUCCCGCCUGGCUGCGUCACCUACGCCUGCACAAGUACACGCCCAACUUUGAAUCGUCCAAUUGGAAGGAAAUGGUCGUGCUCACCGACUCGGACCUUGAGGCCAAGGGAGUAGCGGCUCUCGGAGCGAGAAGGAAGCUGCUCAAGACUUUCAAGCUUGUGAGGGAAAAGUAUGGGAUCAAGGGGGCGGAUGAUGCAGAAGUUGCUGGGGAUGGAGCGGCUGGGGCCAGUAUCGAAGAGGGAGAGGAGAAGAAGGCGGCGGCGGCGGCGGGAGAGGAAGGGGACAGUGCUACCAAGGAGGAGUAGAGAGAAAAGAGGCUCCAACUACUACUGCACAUCAACUCUCCACCUGCGUCUCCUCUUCCCUUUUCUCGCGGCUCUUGAGGCCCAGUCAGUCGCCUGCGACACCAAAAUUACGCGUGGCACACUGUUCCCCACCUCUCUGUUUCCCUUUCUGUAUGUCCCGCCAUUGUUCUUAUCUACCAUUUAUUUACGCUUUUCAACAACAGAUCAGAUAUGAAAUUUCAAGCCCGAGC